ACGACUUAGCGUGUAGAACUUGUCUAGUGGCACGGAUGGAUGGAUAGGGAUAUGUGAGAACACAACUACAAAGCAAAACAAAGUUGAGUUGAGAGAAAGAGAAAAAAAAAAGCACUGUUUUCUACUAAGUGGAAGUGGAACCCAACCUUUUUGCUUCUCUUCUCUUCUUUACUAUUUUAUUAUAUACUUUUUCCAUAUCAACAAUGUGCAUAUAUAAUAUUUAUUGAAUAUUUUUCUUUUUCUUUUUAUAUAUUUUUAUUUUUAAGUGGAUAGUUGAAAAGAGAUAAUGGCCAAUACCUGAAAACAUUGUUUGUUGUUGCUAUCAUAUUCUUAUUAUCUGUCUUUUGCAAAUUCUCCAAUAAGUUCUUUCUUUUAAAACCUUUCAAAACUUGUACUUGAACUUGAACUUGAACUUGAACACUGUUCUGGUUCUGUUGCUUGGUUUUGAAAAUCUGAGGUGAGAAACACUGUUGAGGUUGUGGUGGGUUUUGUUUACUAUUGAAAAUUAGUGAUUUGGUAGCUUAAAAAACGAAUCUUUAUAGGUUUUGUUUUUGGCCCUUCUUUUUUUUGUUCCACUUCUUGGUUUGGUAGCUUGUGGCUGACAAGAUAACAACAAGUAUCAAUUUAUGUUUGGAAUUAGAAACUCUUACUGAUGAUUCUUUGAUUCUUUUAAAGGCGUGUGUGAAUUUUUCAUAUUCUAGUGUUGUGUUACCUUACCAUUCUGGUUGGAUAAGAUAGCAUCUUGUCAACAAGGUUGUCAUGUCUCCUGUUCCUCUCCUGUUCACUUUGAAAUCUUGUUUAUUUUUCAAGAAUUCUCUUCACUGCUGCUUCAUUUAUUGAGCUUUCAUUCUUCAGAAGUUCACAGCUUGUGAAGAUUCUUUGGAACUGUUGUGGAUGAGUUUGCUCCAUGUAAUUGGGUUUGGUCUAAAAGUGGGGCAUCUACUUUUAGUGCUAUGUUGCUGGAUUGUAUCUAUCAUUUAUAUCAACUGGUUCAUUAGUAUGGACACAAAGAUGGGAUUUUUAGGAGAUGGUGGCAAGAUGUGGCUUAAAUGGUGGGAGAAGAUCUUGGGGAGUGUGUGUAGAAUUCAUCAACAGUAUUAUCAGUGUAUUGGGUCUAAGAAGAUUAGGAGAAAGUUGUGGAGGAAAUUGUUGUUGACAUGGGUUUUGGGUUGGUGUAUUGUGUCUUUGUGGAUCUUUUGUUUUAUGAAUUUGCAAGUCACUGAGAAGAGGAAAGAGACUCUUGCUAGUAUGUGUGAUGAAAGAGCUAGGAUGCUACAAGAUCAGUUUAAUGUUAGUAUGAAUCAUAUUCAAGCCAUGUCGAUUUUGAUCUCGACUUUCCAUCAUGCUAAGAAUCCUUCUGCCAUUGACCAGAGAACGUUUGCGAAGUAUACAGAAAGAACGGCUUUUGAGAGGCCGCUUACAAGUGGUGUUGCGUAUGCUGUAAGGGUGCUUCAAUCUGAAAGGGAACAAUUUGAGAAGCAACAAGGGUGGAGUAUUAAGAGGAUGGAUACGAUGGAGCAGAACCCGGUUCAUGAGGAUGAUUAUGUACCAGAUGAAUUGGAACCGUCACCUGUCCAUGAAGAAUAUGCUCCUGUCAUUUUUGCACAAGAUACAAUUUCACAUGUCAUAUCUAUUGAUGUGCUUUCAGGAAAGGAAGACCGUGAAAAUGUGUUGCGGGCGAGAGAAUCAGGCAAAGGGGUUUUAACUGCUCCCUUCAGGCUGUUGAAAACAAACCGUUUAGGUGUUAUCCUCACGUUUGCGGUCUACAAGAGAGAUCUUCCACCAAAUGCUACCCCAAAUGAAAGGAUUCAAGCCACUGAUGGGUAUCUUGGCGGGGUGUUUGAAAUAGAAUCGUUAGUCGAGAAAUUGCUUCAGCAACUUGCUAGCAAGCAAACAGUGAUUGUUAGUGUGUAUGAUACAACAAAUCAUACACAUUCAAUUCCCAUGUAUGGUUCUGAUGUAUCAGGCGAUGAGUUCUAUCAUGUGAGCUUUCUUAACUUCGGAGAUCCUUUCAGGAAGCAUGAGAUGCACUGCAGGUUCAAGCAGAAACCUCCAUGGCCGUGGUUGGCAAUAACUACAUCGUUUGGCAUCCUUGUAAUUGCGCUCCUUGUUGGACAUAUAUGUCAUGCAACUGUGAAUCGAAUUGCCAACGUAGAGGACGCUUGCCGUAAGAUGACGGAGCUUAAAAAACUAGCUGAGGCAGCUGAUGUUGCUAAAUCUCAGUUCCUUGCUACUGUUUCGCACGAGAUCAGAACUCCAAUGAACGGUGUUUUAGGGAUGAUGAAUAUGCUCAUGGACACUGAUCUCGACGUAACACAACAGGAAUAUGUCAGAACUGCACAAGGCAGUGGAAAAGCUCUGGUGUCAAUUAUAAAUGAAGUUUUGGACCAGGCGAAGAUUGAUUCUGGUAAGCUAGAGCUCGAGGCUGUGAUGUUCGAUAUACGUGCAAUCAUGGAUGAUGUCUUGUCCCUAUUUUCUGAAAAAUCUCAAGGAAAAGGAGUAGAGUUAGCAGUUUAUGUCUCGGAUCAGGUUCCUCAACAGCUUAUAGGUGAUCCAGGAAGGUUUCGGCAAAUAAUUACGAAUCUCAUGGGUAACUCGAUUAAGUUCACAGACAAUGGACAUAUCUUUGUCACUAUCCAUCUUGUUGAGGAGGUUUUCCAUUCAAUAGAAGUUGAGCGAGAAACCACUAAAGAAACAUAUGAUACAUUAAGUGGUUUCCCGGUUGCUGAUGGUCGUCGAAGCUGGGAAGGAUUCCAUGCUUUCAGUCACGAGGGACCUCUUGGCUCUUUCUCGUCCCCGUCCUCCACUGAUCUCAUCAAUUUGAUUGUAUCGGUUGAGGAUACCGGUGAAGGUAUUCCUCUAGAGUCUCAGGUGAAGAUAUUCACUCCAUUCAUGCAGGUAAAUCCAUCUAUCUCGAGAAAACACGGUGGAACUGGUAUUGGUUUAAGCAUUAGCAAGUGUUUGGUUGGCCUCAUGAAGGGAGAAAUCGGAUUCGUGAGUGAACCGGGCAUUGGAAGCACUUUCACAUUUACGGCCGGUUUCACCAAUGCAUGUCCUGAUUCAAAUGAAAUUAACACUCAGAAAAUCAGCAACCAACCUCAUCCUGCAUCCUCAGAGUUUAACGGUAUGGCUGCAUUAGUUAUUGAUCCGAGACCCGUUCGAGCUAAAGUAUCGAGAUAUCACAUUCAACGGCUUGGAAUUCAUGUUGAAAUAAAAUCAGAUUUGAAGCAAGGUUUGUCCACCGUAACCGAUGGGAAUGUGGCUAUCAAUAUGGUCCUGAUUGAACAAGAGGUUUGGGAAAGAGACACGAGCAUUUCAUCGCAAUUUGUGAAUAACAUUAGGAAAAUUCUUGAAGUUGAUAAAGGGAUUCCUCCAAAACUAUUUAUUCUUGUUAAUUCAACUAGUUCUUUUAGACUAACUUCUUCUGUGACUCCAUGUGUUCAUAAUCCAACAGUCGUCACAAAACCUUUGAGAGCAAGUAUGCUAGCAGCUUCGCUACAAAGAGCCAUGGGUGUUGGGAACAAAGGAAAUCCUCGAAAUGGAGAACAUCAGGGUUUGUCUCUCCACCAUCUUCUUUCCGGGAGAAAGAUUCUUAUUGUAGAUGAUAAUAGUGUGAACCGCACCGUAGCCGCUGGUGCUUUGAAAAAAUAUGGAGCUAGUGUGGUUUGUGUAAGCAGUGGAAAAGAAGCCAUCUCUAUCUUGAAACCACCUCAUCAGUUUGAUGCAUGUUUCAUGGAUAUUCAAAUGCCUGAAAUGGACGGGUUUGAAGCCACACAGCGGAUUCGAAAGAUUGAAAACAAUGUGAACAUCAAAGAAUUGUAUGUUCAUCUACCGAUUUUGGCUAUGACAGCAGACGUGAUGCAGGCUACACAAGAAGAAUGCUUAAAGUAUGGGAUGGACGGAUAUGUUUCGAAACCAUUUGAAGCGGAACAACUUUAUAGAGAGGUUUCAAAGUUUUUCCAAUCAUCAUGAGAAAAAAAAUAUACAAUGCUGUUCGUAACCAUACAAUGGAAGCAUCAGCGUCUGCUCGAUAGGUCAUAGAUGUGAAUACAUAAGUUCAUAAAUCUCCUAAGCUCAUAGGAAUGUACAUAUAGGAGCAAAAUUUUAUUGGUUGGAAAUUGGAAUUGAGUCUAUUCCAUUUCCAUGGUAAGUGCAAAUUGGAAUUGUCUCAUCCUGUUCUGCAUGUAAUGUUACUACUUAGAGUACUCUAUUCACCUUACUUUGUUAUGAGUAUUGAUGUAUAUGAUUAUAUGUAUAUGAGAUUGAUUGAAUCCCAAUAGAGAGAAGAAAAUUCAUGUGAAUUACAACAAACAACGAAGGUAGUUAAUCGCUAAUCGCGCGGAGCCAUGUAAGCUUUACUUCCUUUGGAUUUCAAACAUGUAAUUGACACCAAAUUAUAUUCGAGUGAUCCACCAUUUUUGGCCGAUUUUUGUA